UGUGUCAACGUCCUCGGAAAGAAUGAAAAACAGAAAAAUACAGGAGAGAUUCUAUGGUAUAUCCCUGUGGAUACAGAACAUAGAACCAUUUAUAUACCAUUCGCUAACCUCCUAACAGCACACGACACACUGAAAAUUAAGUUGACAGUAACAAAAUAGAAACAAGAGAGCUGUGCGUCUUAGUUUUUUUUUUUUUGGUAUCAAACAAACAAAAGAAGAGAAAAAGAACCCCUUUGCGAUGUUUGAGAACUUUGAAAAUAGAUGGAAGGGUUGGAUAUGGAGAGCUUCGUGUUGGCCUCUCUGAGUUUCCAUAAUCUUUCCUUUCCUUGCUUCCAGUGAUCAUCAAUUUCAGUAUUUUUUUUUUUUUUUUUUUUGUCCCUUUUCUAGGAUAUAACCCAAGAAAUUGCAGGAAACUUUGAGGAAAAAGGUGAGUGCGGUGUUUUCUUUUUUUCAUAUUCCGGGGCUUGAUUCAGUUGAUCAGCAGAUUAUGGAGAUGGAGGUUAUCAACUGUGUGUAUGCAGGUUCCACGGACAUUUAAAACUGGCAACAACAAUUUUCUGACUUAGGAAGAGUGGUGAUCUAUAACAAAGCUUCAUUGAACUCUAGCUGCGGGACAUAAUAAUCAGAUUCAGUGUUGUUUCCGGUGGCUCGGCUAUACUCAUUCUCAGUUGAAGCUCUUUCUCUGUAGCAAGUCUCCUUCCUUUGGCAUUGGGUGGAGCCGAGCUUAAAAGUCAGCUAUACUCGGGCACAUCUCCUUUGGCAAUACAUAUUUGAUUUCUGAAAUAAAGAAAAAUUUGCUUCAAGCCUUUAGCAAUAUAUGUCCAUGUAAUAUCGGUUCAGGGCAAAUCUUCUUUGGCAAAUUUGAAGUUCCUCCAGUUGGCCUUGCUAGCUGAGGAUGGUUCGACAAUUUUAAGGUCUUGACUUAUAAGAACAGUCAGGAAUACAGACUUUGAGGGCUUAGCUCCAGUUGGUGAUAUCUAACUUGGAAUUUCUACCAGGACCCUUUUUUUGGUCCAUUUUUGGGCAAAUCUCCUUUGGCAUUUUGGAGUCUUGAAUAAGACUCCGUUUAUCCCUUUAGUGGGCAAAUCUCCUUUGGCAUUUAAACUCCAUUUGUGGAGAUAAUAAGACUAUGAAAAUAUUUGGAACAUAAACAGAGAGACUUCACUGUUUGCCCUCGGAUUUUUAUUUUUUUUCCUCUUUUUGGCAAGGCUACUGAUUCCAGUUGCAACUAGAGUUGCAACUUUCUAGUUAUUGUGCAGUCUGAAUUACUCAGUCUCGACUAAAGCAUAACCCAAGCGAAGUAAAAUUAUAACUAAACAAGUACUAUCUAGUAUCAGCAUUAUGGAUUUGCUAGACAGUGAUUUCGACAGUCUCAGCGAGAGCGACAGUUCUGAGGAUCACGAUGACAUUGAGUCUCUGUAUGGUGGACAGGCCUGUACUAUUUUCUCUAGUCUUGAGGAAACCAUUGAAAAAAUUGAUGAUUUCCUCUUGUUUGAGAGGCCAUUCAUGCAUGGGGACAUAGUUUGCUUAGCAUCGGACCCAUUGGGCCAAAUGGGAAAGGUGAUCAAUGUCGGAUUAACAGUGGACUUGGAAAAUAUCUAUGGAAGAAAAAUACACAAUGUAAGUUCCAAAAAUCUUCAGAAAAUACGUUCCAUUUCAGUUGGAGAUUAUGUAGUUAAUGGGGCAUGGCUUGGGAAAGUAGAAAAGAUAGUUGAUAGUAUCACGGUCCUAUUUGAUGACGGUACAAAGAGUGAAUUAAUGACAAUUGGUCCAGAAAAGAUCAUUGUCAUUUCUCCUGAUGCACUUGAAGAUUCGCAAUACCCUUUCUACCCAGGACAGAAAGUUCAAGUUGAGCUCCCUUCUGUUUCCAAAUCAGUCAUUUGGUUAUGCCCUCCACGAAAUAACAAAAAAAAACAAGGCACUGUCUGCAAUGUCGAUGCUGGACUCGUAUAUGUUGACUGGCUCGGCUGUGCUGCCAUCAAUGGUGAGAAAUGGUCUGCUCCCCCAUGUUUACAGGAUUCAAAAAAUUUAACGUUGUUGUCCUGUUUUCCCCAUGCAAACUGGCAGCUUGGUGAUUGGUGUGUUCUACCAGUGGAGCAGAUUUUUACACAUGCAUUUUCCACCGGGCUGGUCAGAGGACAUGAGAUAUCAAAAAAUAUACCUCUGAGAAACAACCCCCGUCCUGAUUUUCAGGAAAUUUCUGUUAUUGUUCAGACAAGGACUAAAAUUGAUGUCCAGUGGCAGGAUGGCAGCCAAUCGGUGGGGCUAGAGUCACAUUCUCUGUUACCUGUGAAUAUUGUUGAUAUUCAUGAUUUUUGGACUGAUACAUUUGUUAUGGAAAAGGGAACAUGUGAUGAUUCAAAUGUUUCAUGUGCCCAAAGAUGGGGUGUUGUGAGAAGUGUGGACUCAAAAGAACGGACAGUGAAGGUAAAAUGGUGUAAUUCCUCUGCUUUUGGGGACAAAGAAAUAGAGGAGAUUGUGAGUGCUUAUGAAUUGGUUGAGCACCCGGAAUACUCAUACUCUCUGGGGGAUGCAGUAUUUAGAAUGCAAAGGAGUAUAAUUUUGGAUCUAGCAGAUGAAAACUGUUUCAAUAACCACACAAUCUCUAAAAUAUGUUUGUGUGAAGAGUCUCAUCUUAAGGUUAAUGAUAAUGGCGAAGAUCAGAAUAAUUACACGGAGAGCAACUUUUUAUCUCAUAUUGGUUUAGUAGUUGGCUUCAAAGAUGGGGCUAUUGAAGUGAAAUGGGCUACUGGUGCCACUAGCAAGGUCGCACCAUAUGAGAUAUAUCGGGUUGAUAAAUUUGACGACACAGCUGCCACUUCUAUGCUAAACGAUGAAAAUACUCAGCAAUCAAAUGGGGACAUUGCAGCACAAGGGAACCAACUUGUGGGCCAGAAAGGAAAGGAUGUGUUGGAUUUGAACUAUAACAAUUUAAAGGACUCUAGUUCAUAUUCCCUUUCUCAAGUCGCUAUUGGGGUUUUCACUAGUAUCACUUCAAGCCUAUUGGGGUCUUUGGGUUCAUCUGUUGUUUGUGGAUACAAACGUGCAUCAGGAGAUGGUCAAAAACUCGGUAUACCCAAUGAGGAGGAAGCUCUCGAACUUUGCAAUGUGCACACUGUUGAUGAACCACUGGUAGAUGAUGAUUCAGAGAUUUAUGGAAGAAUGACUUCAGAGCCAAGACCCAGAGAAGCUAAUGAGGAAAUCAUCUUGCCAUCUGGAAGCAAGCUUCCAGAACUUUUUAGGCAGUUUGAUAUGGUUCAUGGUGUCUCAGACCACCACUUUGUUGAUGGAUCUGGUAUGGGGGUCCUGCAAUCUCCUCAGAUGAAAAGAGGCUGGCUUAAGAAGGUUCACCAAGAAUGGAGCAUUUUGAAGAAAGAUAUUCCCGGAACGAUCUAUGUCCGCAUCUAUGAGGAUAGAAUGGAUCUGCUUCGAGCGGCAAUUGUAGGUGCACCUGGAACUCCAUAUCAUGAUGGACUGUUUCUCUUUGACAUAUGUCUACCCCCACAAUAUCCUAAUGAGCCACCUAUGGUGCACUAUAAUUCUGGAGGACUUCGCAUCAAUCCCAACUUAUACGAAUCGGGGAAGGUCUGUCUCAGUAUCCUCAAUACGUGGACAGGUUCCGGCACUGAAGUUUGGAAUCCGGGAUCCUCCACAAUUCUUCAAGUUCUCCUCUCCCUCCAGGCCCUUGUACUUAAUGAAAAGCCUUAUUUUAAUGAGGCUGGAUAUGAUUCACUGAUUGGCAAAGCUGAGGGUGAGAAGAACUCAAUUAGCUACAAUGAAAAUGCUUUUCUUGACAGCUGUAGAUCCAUGAUGUACCUUCUACGGAAACCACCAAAGCAUUUCGAGGAACUUGUGAAGGAGCACUUUAAGGGACGAUGCAAGAAUAUUCUAUUGGCUUGUAAUGCAUAUAUGGAAGGAGCUCCAAUAGGUUAUCCAUUCGGAGACAGUAAAACCAAACAGGAAUAUCAAAAUGGAAGCUCUACGGGGUUCAAGAUCAUGCUCAGGAAGCUCUUUCCUAAGCUGGUGGAAGCAUUUUCUGACAAUGGUGUUGAUUGUAGCCAAAUGUUGGACAAGCUUCAGUAACAUCUGCCAAUACGUAAGAACAACAUUUUCAUAUGUACAAUAUCAAACUAUUAGUUCUGUAUGGCUUGCAAUCAAUUCUGCGUGAAAGGAGACAUUUAGUGUUCAUUGUAAGAUAUUGAGUCACGUAAUUAUUUCUGUAUCAAUGAAAGAUAAUAAUAAAAUUUUGGUGAGGAAGUAAAUUCUUGAUAA